AUGGGGGGGAAAGAGUUGUUGGAUUCCGUCACCACAACCUUCAUAAGCUUUCUCCAGCUUUCACAAACGACACAAACAGCGGUGACAAGCUUGAGUUUUCUUGCACAGAGCCAAUUUAGCUAUUCGUCUCUCUAUGUUCUCUUCCUUGCUUCGCAGGAGGCGCAUCCGCCUCGCAGUGUUUUCCUUCCACCUGCGAUGACAGUGUUUACAAUAUGGGGCGCUCGUGUCCCAGUGUCAUCCCAGUACUGGGCUGUGAUACCAGCCUGUUCGCGCUACCGAACGGUCAGAUGCAUCAGACACAAGUCAACUAUUGCCUUCAGGUUAUUCGCGAACAGCAUCCCAGGAAGUUCGCCGCCUCCCAGUGUCCAACUGAAGUAUCUACGAAGAAGCUCGAGUUCAACCUCUACAACCCAAGAGACAUCUGCUUCCACCGCUCCUUUAUCGUUUCAUCUUGCGGCUUCUGCUUCUGGAAAAGGUCGUAGAUUCCAAGCCGACCGAAAUACACACGAAUUUAAUGCAGACAUUCACGACGCGCUCGGAUUACAGCGAGGUGAGACCCGGGCACAGAGAAAGGCCAAUCGACCAGACAGCGGGCAAGACGCCUUCUUCAUAGCCAAGCUCGAACCAAACUCGACGGCCUUUGGGAUUGCCGAUGGAGUGGGAGGAUGGGCUACUUCGGGCGUCGAUCCAGCCGAGUUUUCGCAUGGCUUUUGUCACUACAUGGCAAAGACUACCGUGGAAUGGACUCAUGGUCGCUUGACCCCCAGAAUGCUCAUGGAGAUUGGAUAUCAGAACAUAAUAGACGAUCCUAGCGUACCAGCUGGUGGGAGUACAGCUUGCAUUGGUAUUGCAAGGCCAGAUGGCGGGCUACAAGUGGCAAAUCUUGGUGACUCUGGCUUCCUUCAACUUCGGCUGGGAGCCGUCCAUCAUUACUCGAACCCGCAAACUCAUGCUUUCAACACUCCUUAUCAGCUUAGCAUUAUCCCGCCCAAGAUCAUCGCCCAAUCGGCACUAUUCGGCGGAACGCCUCUGUCAGAUUUGCCUGAGAAAGCAGAAAUAUCUAGUAGCCAGCUCCGCCAUGGAGACGUACUGAUCCUGGCCACGGAUGGGGUUUGGGACAAUCUUAAUCCACAAGAUGUCCUUAACAUUGUCAGCUUGCAGAUGAGAUCGCACGGUGCCUGGGUCGAGACUGACAACCAUGGUCUUGGGGUCUCGGACCAGAUUGCCCAGCUCACCCGACCUGGUGGUUCUGGCGAGAAGAAGAAGAGAAGCCAGACGAUACAAAGUGCCCUUGCUGCUGCGGUAGCUGGUGAAGCCAAGAUAGCGAGCAUGAAUGAGCGACGAGAUGGCCCUUUUGCUAAAGAGGUGCAAAAGUAUUACCCAGAGGAGGGCUACCAUGGGGGCAAGGUAGAUGAUAUCUGUGUCAUCGCUUUACUCGCAGUCAAGCAUGCAGCAUCUAGAGACAGCAGGUGA